AUGCACGAAAGCGCUGCCCCACCUGCUGUCCCUCGACAGCAAGACCUCACGCGCAACAUGCGCGGCUACAUUGGUGGCCAACAGCAGAUGGACAUAGAUCCCGCUGUGGAAACUCCAACCCAGGAUUACCCGCCUUCGGACCCACUUAAUGACCUCGAGCAAUCGUCUCCGGUCGAGUCUCGCAUCCGCCAGGAGUCCAGCGACGAGGAUGAUGUACCCCUGCGCGACCGCCGCGUUCGCCACGUCCAGCAACAGGACGCAUCUAGCAUGGCUAUUCAAGAGCACCGGAGCUUCCAGAAGCCUGCGAAGGGAUCAUCCCUCAGCAUCGGCAAAGCCCACAAGCGGCCGGGUCCGAGGCCCUACGCCGCUAAACCAAUCGCAAAAAAUGACAUGAAGGCAAAGAUGGAGGUGAUCCGCGCUAUCGAGGACAACUGGGGCAAGAAUUUCAUCAUUGACUACAUUCCCAAGUGCCACCGCCCGCUACAAAAGAAGAAGGGCGGCAAGCGUACUUCGUACCGUCAACAUGAGACUGAUCCAAAGAAGUGGUUGCCCUCAGUCCUCAAGGCUGUACAUGGGAUCUCCGAACUCACGAACGAUAGAGCUUUCUUAAAGAAGGCCAUGAACGAUAUCGUCCGUCAUCGCAUCAAGCAUACCGGAAAUCGUAAGCCACAGCUCGUGACUACCGACUUCGACGUCAUUGAGGACAUGAUCACUCACGGCUGGGACAUCGAGACCAGCUUUUCCAUCCGAUACAAGCAUCUGCUUCUUGCACAGCCGAAGGGCUACCUGGAGACAGACGAAGACAUAGACCACAUUUUAGCUUGCGGUGACGAUGAAUAUCAUCGCACUAGUGAUGCAGAGCUCGAAGACGAGGAUGAGGAGGACGAUGAUGACGUGGAUGUUGAUGGCCAGGAAGAUGAAGACAGCACCGCCUUCUCCAGCCCGUAUGCUGUGAAGGGAGCAUAUAUCCAUGGAUCGCCGCAUCAGCCCCCAAAGAUGAUCGUGCCGAAGUACUCGAAGCUGUCCAAGCCGAUCAAGAAGGAGAAGCAAGAGAAGCCGACAAAACUGGCAAAGGUCCCUAAGCGUCCUGAAGCUGCUGCUUCAUCUCCUCAGCAAGCCCCUCCACCCAUGUAUGGUGGCUAUGGCAUGCCCGGCUAUGGCCCCACGCGCUUCUCGCCCUUCAGCAGCUCCAAGCGCUCGUCUUCAUAUCACCCAGAUGCGGCUUCCGCUCGCUAUGACGCGUCUGGCUAUUCUCGCGGUCCGCACAUCAAGCGCGAGCCUGGGGUUGAGGACCAGCCUAUUGCCAUCGAAGACUACGAUAAUGCGCCGAGCAACUACCUGGGUCAGGCGGCUAGGGAGGAUUCGCAGGUCAGCGACGAGCAGAUGCGCAAUGAGAUUGCGGAGCAGGAGCGGCAUGUUCAGAUGCUCAAGGCACGCUUGGCGAAGAAGAGCCGUGGAUAG